AAAAAAACAUCAGUGCAAAACAAACGGCGCAUCGUAAGCAUUCAAAUUCAACCUCGACUCACUACUAUAGUACAGCCUGGUCCUGGUCUGAAGAACUUUGGAAGCUGCUACUCUUCUCUUCUCACAGCUCACACCCACCCAACCAAUAAACAAAACAAACUCCCAUGCCACAAGGGCAAAACGGUAAUUCCACAUUCCCACCCCCAACCCCAACAACGGAACCAAACAGCCAACCAAAAACCUUUCUUCUCUUCUUCCCCAAUCCCCCAUUCAGAUCCGAUUAAGCCCUAACCCUAAUUUCUCCCACCAACAAUGGGGGACUUCAACCUGGCGCUGGUGAUCGUGGCGAUCGUGGUGUGCGUCAUCGUGUUCCUCUUCAACGUCUACCUCCUCGUCAACUUCCAGCACCCCGACGACGUCAACCAGGCCUACUUCCCUAAAUUCGUCGUCGUCCUCGGCCUCUCUGUCGCCGCUAUCUCCAUUCUCAUGCUCCCCGCCGACGUCGCCAACCGCCAGGCCUGCCGCCAUGCCAUCUACAAUGGCGCCUGCAGCCUCACGCUCCCCAUGAAGGACCUCUGGCUCGCAAUUUACAUCCUCGACGCCGUCCUCGUCUUCUUCGUCAUCCCCUUCGCCAUGUUCUACUACGAAGGCGACCAGGACAAGAGUGUUGGGAAGCGGAUUAAGAGCGCCUUGUUGUGGAUGGUGACCACUGCCAUUGUGUGCGCUCUUGUUUUGGGGAUUUUAUAUGGACUUAUUGGGAAGGUGGACUUUACUGUUAGGCAUCUCUCUUCUUCCACAAGCCAAUUUCCUAGCACAUGGGACUUCAAUAGUGGUCAACAAUGUAUUGGAAGCACACAUCAGUGUUCUGCAUUCACUGCCAGUCCUUCAUCAGAGAAAACAUGGACCAUGCGUACUACCUUUCCAGAAUAUGUUGUUGCUCUUGCCACUAUUGUUGGAUCUGUGCUUUUUGCUAUAUUUGGUGGUGUUGGUAUUGCUUGUCUUCCAUUGGGACUUAUAUUUUCAUUCAUUCGACGUCCAAAGGCUGUUAUCACUCGUUCACAGUAUAUCAAGGAAGCAACUGAACUGGGUAAAAAAGCAAAAGAACUGAAGAAAGCAGCUGAAUCACUUCAUCAGGAAGAAAGAAGUGGUUCGAAGGGUAGGAAAUUUCGUAAAAAUGUGAAAUCAGUAGAAAAGGAGUUGUUUCAAUUAGAAGAAGAUGUCAAGCUUCUUGAGGAGAUGUAUCCACAAGGGGAAAAGGCUGAGACAACAUGGGCACUAACAGUUCUAGGGUAUCUGGCAAAAUUCGUUUUGGGAAUAUUAGGGCUUAUUGUUUCUGUGGCAUGGGUUGCUCAUAUCAUUAUCUAUCUAUUAAUUGACCCUCCUCUUUCUCCUUUCUUGAAUGAAGUUUUCAUCAAGUUGGAUGAUAUCUGGGGUCUUCUGGGUACAGCUGCAUUUGCAUUUUUCUGCUUCUACCUUCUCCUUGCUGUGAUUGCUGGAGCCAUGAUGCUUGGGCUGAGACUAGUUUUCAUUACUAUACAUCCCAUGAAGUGGGGAGCGACACUCAUGAACUCUUUUCUGUUCAAUGUGGGGCUUAUUCUUCUUUGUUCCAUUAGUGUGAUCCAGUUCUGCUCCACAGCAUUUGCCUACUAUGCUCAAGCAACUGCAGCACAGGAAAUAUUUGGCCACACCUUGGAGUCUCUUCGUGGAAUUAAAUAUUUGUACAAGUACAACGUCUUUCAGAUUGCAUUCGUUGCAUUGGCUGGAUUGACUUUUGUAUAUUAUGCUGCCUUUGGAUGGAGAAGAAAGAAGCCUAGUGGCAGGUUCCAAUUGUCUUCAUAAAGAAAAUAGCAUGGAAGGGUGUCUUCUAAAGGGAGCCAUUGAGUAUUCUUGUCAGAAAAUCUCACUUGAAGUGGCUUUUAUUCGGAUGUGCAUUGGCCUAGUUUUGUUUUAAUAUUGAAAGCUAUAGAGUUGGCUGAUCAGCAUCCGAAUAGAAUCAUUUUCCUGCGGUGUAAUCAUUAGGUGGGUGCUUGUGGUGCCACUUAGGUCUUGAUUAUUCUUUCGUAACCCUUGUAUGUAUUAUUCCUUCGUUUGAUUUGUGCAACACAUUCUUCUGAUUAUGUAAUUGAAUAUAUCAUAUGCACAAGAGACUACUGGGUUUCUACUGACCCGUUGAUGUAUAAUGCAACUCUUCCCAAACAUAAAUUGUACCUGUGGACCUUUUAAUGUUCAUGUCUUUGUGUGUCA